AUGAAGUGUGAUGAAAUUAAACCGACAUGCGGCCCCUGUACCAAAAAGAAUAAGAUUUGUGAUUACGCCAACUCGAACCGACACAACGUCGACUCUGCAGCCACCAACAAGGUCAUUCCUGAGAACCUCUCCAUUUUAUCAACCACACAGCAAACACCGCAGCAGAAAACACCGCAACAAACACCGCCUCUAGAACAGAACAUUGAACAUGUAUCAAGUGAUCACAACCCAGGCGAAGUGCACUACCAGCCGCAUGGAGCCUCUGAUCAUGCCAGGACCGCUUCGGAAGCGAUCCUUAAUCCUUCUCCGUCCGCCAUGCUGGAAUAUCGACUGGAGAACGAGGGGAUUCCGAGUCAGGGUUCAGGAGGCAUGCAUGGGGAUUACUUGUCGCCAUCUACCUCAUCGUUGGCGGCGGUACGAUGGUUAGGCUUACUAGCAAGUGGGUUUCCCAGCGAUGGCAUCUCUGAUUCCUUGGAGAGCCAAAGCCUCUCGCUUGGAUACCAGAGUGGUGAUAGCCCGACACAGCCCAGCUCGCUACAGCGAGCGACUCAGGUUUUGGAUGGCCCUUCUGGCAGCUCGGCCAGUCAAGACGUGACGGAUGGCCAUUUCACUGAAAGCAGUUCGUUGACAGAGGGGCAGGUUUGGCAGUCACAGGAGCCAAUAAAUCUCUUACCAGCAGAACAAACAUUGUUCGAACAUUUUGUACAUCAAGUUAGCCCAUUGGUUGGUCAUAGCACCAUAUCCCUGACUGGUGUACCCUCAUCUGAUAAUCCUCCCUCGCAGAUCGAUCUUUUUGACCCGACGAACAAAUUCUCCACAUUAGUUGUGCACCUAGCGUUGCGCAAUGCUGGGCUUCUAAACGCUAUAUUAGCUCUUUCUUUUCGGCACCUGGCUUUGAACCCUAGUCUAGAUGAUCAAAACAUUACAGGCAAGCCGGAAGAGGCUCUUCAAUACUACUACCAAACUCUUCAUUACGUGGGAAGGGCGAUGCAAUCUAGUGCUUACAAGAUUAGCCUGGAGCUGCUUUCAACCGCCUUGAUAAUUUCCACUUAUGAAAUGCUUGACAAUUCUACAGAUGACUGGGAACGUCACCUAGAAGGAGUCUUCUUGAUUCAGAGGUCUCAAACGAUACACGGAGAAACUGGAGGGCUCAAAUCGGCCGUCUGGUGGGCAUGGCUGUGCCAGGAUAUCUGGGCAGCUUUCCGCGAGAAACGCAAGACCUUUACGUUUUGGGUUCCGCAAAAGCCUCUCUCUGUGUUAUUACCGCACGAGCUCGCUACGCGCUCCAUCUAUAUCACCGCAAAGGUGGUUAGUUACUGCGCCACCGAAACAACCCAAGAAAACAUCCAGCAUCAAAUUGAUGAGGCAAUGCGACUUCGGAACAUGCUGGAAGACUGGCAACGGCAUUUGACUGUUGAGUUCUCCCCCUGCCGAUUAGGUCAUACGAGGCCUCAUCAUGCUUUCAGCCUGUAUGGAUUAGCCCACCCGCGUUUGCCGUCGCCGUUCAAUUUUUCAACGUAUCGUGUCUUCUCUUGGUAUCUCAUGAACCCAGCUUUGGCGGGUUGA